UCGUUACUGCGGGAGCAACGCUGCUUUUGGGCAGACGUACAUUUUCAAUAGGAUCGCUAGAAUUUGGACCAGUCGCUAAUAUGCCGAAGAAGAAACGUAAAAAGCUUUGUCUACCAGUUUGCUGUAGCGGAGCAGUUUCUCCUCUUGGUGACUUUAAUGCACAACCAACCAACCAACCUGAUGAUCUCCAAACAAGGGAGGUAACUGAAGUUAAAUUAGGGAACUCAGAGGAUCAGCCAGCCUGUCCCAGAUCUCCAAACGUAUCAUUUUCUGGACUAGAUGUUUCUGCUUUAGAUCAGAUUGCCAUAGACAGUGAAGAUCAAGAAAAAGACCACCAUCUUUCACUGCCUGAACUUGGAGGGUCAAGCUCUGAAACUGCUGAUGAAGGACAGGACACAAAGCUGACAUCUGCAUCAGCAGAGUUGGACAACAGUGAGACUCCCAGCAGACAUGCACAGUCUCAGCUGUCCACAGGAUUACCACCUGUCAAUGAGGUCGAGAGGAUGCCACUUGAUUCUGAUCUUGAUGUCUCAGCUGCAACAGCACCUCACCCUCCCCCAGCACCUCACCCUCCUGCCUCAAGGUCGUCUGAAUCUGACUUCACCGACCAGGACCGUCCUGCAUCAUCAGCCAGUGACAGCUCAUCAGAAGCAAAGACUCACAAAAGUACUGGCUACAACCUGACAUCAGGACUGAAAGAGAGGAACGGACAGGUUUUACCUCAGAGCCUUUAG